AUGGCCCAAGACACCGAGUCAAUGUCAUGUGAACGCGAUGGCCGAAUUGCAGAGCUGGAGCUUGGCCGCCGUUGCCAGGAUGACACGGAAACCGUACCCAUAUAUCCCGAAUCACUUCUGAAGUAUGGACGCGGCGAUCGCAUCCGUCAGCAGCAUGAUCAGGGCUACUCUCGAGAUCAUUUCGAGUUUUACGUCAUCACAUUCGAUGAGUACCAUCCGUCGCUAUGCUACGUGCGCGAUCGCAGGUCUCGAAACGGAAUACGCGUCAACGGACAGCAUGUCGGUGACCCCAAGAGGAUCACACCGGGCCACUGCCUGCUCGAUGGCGAUGUCAUUACUGUUCCUGGUCAGCCAUCUCGUGACGCCAAUGUUUCCGAGUUUAUUCCUUGUAUGACAUUCCACUUCAAGCAGGAUUAUGUUCCGCUUUAUGUCCCAAGCCCUAUUCAACAACGGGAGAUGGACUUCUUCGCUGCCCGAUUUAACGUCACAGAUCGUGCUCUCGGCAAUGGCGCCCAUGCGCGGGUUCUCUUAGCCAUUGAGGUGGCCACCAAAAGGCAAAUGGUUUGCAAGAUCAUGAAUGUUGACCGACUUCGCAUGCGCGUCGACGGUGCCACGACCUUGCGUCGGUGGAAGCAAGAAAUUGACAUAGUCAAGCAACUACACCAUCCAAACGUUAUCUCUUACGUCCAUGCCAUAUACUCGCCUCAUACACUGUGGUGA